CUCUUUCACUCACUCUUAACCUUUCCUUCAAAAUGAUAUUUGUUGCGUUCCUCUUGUUGUUUUCUUCAACUCCUCACAUCCUUUUCCCCUGCUUAACAAAUAGGAAAAAAUUAAUAAUUUCAUUUUCCUUGCCCCUCUCUCUUCUUCCGAUUUCGAAGAAGAGGAAUUGAAAUGAAACCCUAAUUUCAAUAAACUGAUCACACUCUCCUCCUCCAUAGAAGAAAGUGAACUGUAUGUUGGGCUCUUCUUCGCUCCAGUCCAUCAUGAGUUUAUUCAAAUUUAGGGUUUCCAACCAGUGGUUCAAGAAUUAACACAAGGCAGUUUAGAUCUGAUGGCAGGAAGCUGGGAUGGAAGCUAUGACCCUGGUAGCCAGUCAGAUGAGAGCUCUCAAUUUGAGAGGCUACACAUAGAGCCUAUUUAUGAUGCAUUCAUAUGCCCUCUAACAAAACAAGUCAUGCACGAUCCAGUUACUUUGGAAAAUGGGCAAACUUUUGAGAGAGAAGCUAUUGAAAAGUGGUUCAGGGAAUGCAAGGAGAGUGGAAGAAAGCUGGUGUGCCCACUAACACUUAAAGAAUUAAGAAGCACAGAUUUGAAUCCGAGUUUAGCCCUCCGCAAUACAAUUGAAGAAUGGAAUGCUAGGAAUGAAGCAGCUCAGCUUGAUAUGGCUCGUAGGUCAUUAUCUCUGGGCAGUGCUGAGAAUGAUAUUAUGCAGGCUUUGAGAUUUGUCCAGCACCUCUGCCAAAAAAGUCGGUCAAAUAAGCAUGUUGUUCGUAAUGCGGAGCUAAUACCUAUGAUUAUUGAUGUGCUGAAGAGCAGCAGCCGCAGAGUUCGGUGUAAAGCUUUGGAAACUCUUCGAAUCGUAGCAGAGGAAGACACUGAUAAUAAGGAAAUAAUGGCUGAAGGGGAUACUGUCCGAACAAUAGUUAAGUUCUUGUCACAUGAGCAAUCCAAAGAGAGGGAAGAAGCUGUCUCUUUGCUGUAUGAGCUCUCUAAAUCUGAAGUUCUUUGUGAGAAAAUUGGUUCAGUUAAUGGAGCAAUUCUUAUAUUAGUUGGAAUGACAAGCAGCAAAUCAGAACACGUUUUAACAGUUGAGAAGGCUGAUCACACACUGGAGAAUCUGGAGAAAUGUGAGAAUAAUGUAAGACAAAUGGCUGAAAAUGGUAGAUUGCGGCCUCUCCUGACGCUACUCCUUGAAGGCCCACCAGAAACCAAACUUUCCAUGGCUUCAUACCUUGGUGAGCUGGUUUUGAACAACGAUGUGAAAGUCUUUGUGGCCCAAACUGUUGGCUCGUCGCUUAUCAAUAUCAUGCGGAGUGGUAACAUGCAGUCCCGAGAAGCUGCUCUAAAAGCUCUAAAUCAGAUCUCAUCUUGUGAGCCAAGUGCCAAGGUGUUGAUAGAGGCAGGCAUACUUCCACCUCUUGUCAAAGAUCUAUUCUUUGUUGGCAUGAACCAGCUUCCAAUGCGACUGAAAGAAGUCUCUGCAACAAUACUUGCCAGUGUGGUGAACUCAGGCUAUGACUUCGACUCUAUCCCAGUUGGAUCUGACCACCAAACUCUGGUCUCAGAAGACAUAGUUCAUAACCUUCUCCAUCUCAUCAGCAACACUGGUCCAGCAAUUGAAUGCAAGCUUCUCCAGGUUCUUGUUGGACUCACCAAUUCUCCCACAACUGUUAUAAGUGUUGUUGCAGCCAUUAAAAGCUCUGGUGCUACUAUCAGUCUGGUCCAGUUUAUUGAGGCUCCACAAAAGGAUUUGCGUAUGGCUUCCAUUAAACUUCUGCAGAACCUCUCUCCACACAUGGGUCAGGAACUAGCUGAGGCCCUGCGUGGCACAGCUGGUCAGCUUGGUAGUCUACUCAAAGUCAUAUCGGAAAAUAUCGGUAUAACUGAGGAGCAAGCAGCAGCAGUUGGCCUUCUGGCUGAUCUUCCAGCGAGGGACAUGGGCCUCACAAGGCAGAUGCUAGACGAAGACGCCUUUCAGUUAGUCAUCUCCAGAGUGACUAGGAUCCGGCAAGGGGAAACCAGAGGUAGUACUAGCCGCUUUAUGACCCCAUAUUUGGAAGGGCUUGUUCGUGUUCUUGCAAGGGUUACCUUUGUCUUGGCUGAAGAGCCUGAUGCGAUUGCAUUGUGCCGUGAGCACAAUCUUGCUGCAGUGUUCUCUGAACUACUUCAGGCCAAUGGGCUUGAUAAUGUACAGAUGGUUUCUGCCACAGCGUUGGAAAAUCUGUCCCAAGAAUCUAAAAAUUUGACGAAACUACCUGAGUUGCCAGCUCCUGGUUUAUGUGCCUCGAUCUUUCCGUGUUUUAGUAAACCACCUGUCAUAACUGGUUUGUGUCGGAUCCACCGCGGAACGUGUUCUUUAAAAGACACUUUUUGCCUAUUGGAAGGACAGGCCGUGGAAAAGUUGGUGGCCCUUCUAGACCACAGAAACGAGAAGGUGGUUGAGGCGUCACUUGCGGCACUUUCAACCUUGUUGGACGACGGGGUUGUUAUUGAGCAGGGGGUGACGAUAUUGUGCGAGGCAGAGGGAAUCAAGCCUAUACUUGAUGUGUUGCUUGAGAAACGGACAGAGAAUCUUCGGAGGAGGGCGGUUUGGGUGGUUGAGAGGCUUUUGCGGACUGAUGAUAUUGCAUAUGAAGUUUCAGGUGAUCCAAAUGUGAGCACAGCGCUUGUUGAUGCUUUCCAACAUGGUGACUAUCGAACACGGCAAAUUGCAGAGCGUGCCCUUAAACACAUUGACAAGAUACCAAACUUCUCUGGCGUCUUCCCGAACAUGGGUUAAACCUCUUCCGGAUGCUUCAUUCGCAACAGCAGUCAUGAAUUUGAGGACCUUUGUAUUUAUUGAUUAUUUUUCCCUUUUGUGUUGGGAAAGUUUUUGAGGUGCAUCUAAGGUCAUGGAUUGCGAAGCAUCAUGAUGAGGUAGAUGGGUAUUGCUCUGUUUUCUGAUUUGUUGUAGAGUGUUUUCAGAAAUCGUUCAUUUGUUCUUAUUGUUGUUUUUGUUAAUUUCUGUUUUUUUUUUUUUUUUUACAUGAACUGCAUAUGAGGUAUUGCCAGUGGGAUUUGGGAGUGAUAAUGUAAUAGUAAUUGUGUACAUUUUCUCGGAUGUUCAACAAAAGAUACCAUAAAUUGUGCAGUUUUUUCUUCCCAA